AUGAAUUUGAAAGUAGAACAACAUGGUUCUACUUUCACAUUCAUUCUGCCAUACAGGGUCUCAAUUGCUUGUGAUAGUUCUGAUUACUCUGAUGAAUUCUCAGACAUGAAGCAUAACGAAGCCGCUUCUGAUGAUACAGCAACAGAAGGUUUCUUCCAAUUCCACACAAACCGAACUCACAAGCUAUCGCCACACAAAUUCAGUGGAUUUUCCAAGAGUUCAUUCUCAUUUCCUGCUAUUUCUAAUGACAUCAUAUCAAAAGGGACGUGUUCUUUCGAUGACUCAUCUUCAGUUGUUGACGCCUCAGACAUGUCUGAAUCAGCUAGUUCAUAUAGUAAUAAACAUCAUUUGUAUAACACUCAUGCAUGGUUUCAAAAUGAUAGUGCAUAUUCUUCUCAGAAUAUGGUGGUAAACACAACUACUCAAUGUGUUAGGAGAAGUAGUAAAUCAGAAGUAACCCAAAUCCAUAUCUAA